AUGAUUUCUGAUCUGAUAAUUAAGGAUGAAGUUGGACCGGGAAACGUUCCCAAAGCUUUAUUUAUUUCAUCAAUUGAAGAAUUUGUUGGUGACAGAUCGAUUUAUACCAUAUUGGAAAACAUUCAGUUACUUAAUAGGAAGUAUAAAAUUAUGGAAAGUUCAAUAAAAACCCAGCAAGAGUGUCUUGUUGUAAAAAUUCCGGAUAUUGAAUUAGCAAUGGAAACAGUUUCUCAAAGAAGAAAACUACUGGAAAAUAAUCUUCAUAAGAAUGAAUUAUACUUUCCUGUUGCCGAUAAUUUAUUUGCAAAAUGUUCUUCUCCCCCAUCAAAUACAAUUUAUCUCUGGCUUGGUGCAAACACCAUAUUAGAGUAUUCAUUGGAAGAGGCGAUGGAAGUAUUAAAAAGUAAUCUUUCCACCGCAAAAAACACGAUAAAACUAUACCAGGACUCCUUAGAUUUCAUUAGAGAACAAAUUACUAUAAUGGAUGUAAACACUGCGAGAGUCCACAAUUAUGGUGUGAUGCAAAGAAAACAAAGUAAAAAAUGA